AUGUGGUGGGCUACAAAAGGGCCGUGGGUGAACCUGCCUAUUUACAUCAAGGUUCUCUGGAUUUACCUCUUCAGUUUAACUUAUGCCAAUUUCACAACAAAAGCCCUCAACACCGCCCCCUUCAGUGAUUUCAGGGCGCGACCAUGGAACUUGCAUGGAGCACAGGACUUCUAUCCCUGUACCUUCAAACGAAGUUCACCGGAGGUGGAGGACCCGGAUAUGAUUGAGUGCGAGCAAAAGGCCAGUCAGAUGAUGGGAAAUACUAUUCCUACAAUCUACCCGGACGACAGGGUGGUUCGUGAGAUCCGGAUCAACAUUGAAGCCGAGCUGACGUUUAUACCAGCUAGGGCCUUCGAGUAUGUAGGCCCAAGUCUUCACACACUCACAAUUUGUGGCGGUGGGCUGCGUCUCACUCGAAGAGGAGCUUUUGAUGGAAUAAGUAGUCAACUGUACGAUUUGCGCCUUGUGAACAAUGGACUCCGCUCCAUUAAGGAAACAGCCUUCGAUGGGUCGCUAUGCGCCAAGUCCAUCAAACGUCUUGCGAUUGAACAACAGCCUCCCAAUAGUGAAUGGAUUAAGGACCUGAGAAAGUGGGCGAAGGAUAUGAAGGCGCUGGAGGAAGUCUCCCUGAGCGGCAAUGAUCUUUCUACCACACGAGAACUGGACUUUGGGCAGAGUGUCAACAGGGCGUUAAGAUUGCUGCGUCUUGAAAAUUGUUCACUCACCGCGAUUGGGCCUCGGGGCGGCCUCAGCCUGGAACGUAUCGGUGACCACCUACGCGAGUUAUAUGUUGGAGGCAAUCUUUUUAAUGUGACGGAUCAGAAUUCCAAGGACGCGCUCAUGGGAGUAGUUAGAUUUAGCCAACUUCAGCUACUCAGUUUCGCAGGCAACCGCGGUAACAUGACUCGUCUGCCCGACUGGUUGGGUAAAACAACAAUAAGAAGUCUGGAUUUGUCACACACCCACCUCCAGCAGAUUGGGCCCGGCGACCUGCCAAAAGAACUACAGACGCUAAAGUUACAGGCCUGCACCCCACAUGAACUCGAGCCAACUUGGAGCCAGAAGAUGGUGGGGUUGAGAGAACUUGUGCUUGAUGAAACAGACCUUAAGACUAUAAUGGUGGGCAACACUUCGGACGCAUCCGACUUCGAGCUAGCCAGAACGCGAAUAGACCUGUUGGGGUUUUCCAACCUGCGUAAAGUGCUGAUUUCACGGAAUUACCUCACCUACCUCCCCAGUGGGACUUUCCGUUCUGUCCCGCGGUUGCGAGAGCUCCACGUGAGAGAUAACCUGCUGCAGAGCAUUGGCGACCCCAACUGGAGUGGUCAGUAUGAUAAGCACAGUCGCGAGGAUGGACAACUGCGGAUAAUCGAUCUCACCAAUAACGCCAUCACAACACUCAGCCGAUGCAGUCCGGCACUUGCAAUGCUACAACAGGAGAUGCAUCCGGACUGCAAUCGACGCAAGGACUUGUACGAAGAGACAUUUCAACGCAGCUGUCGAUCUCUGCCUCCACCGAAGCCCCCUGUCGAGACAGAAGACAGCACCACAGCAGCUGAUGAUGAUGAAUUUCACUACAUCUUUCGACCGCUGCCACCACAGAAGAUCAUACGCAUCAAAGAGGACUACGCCAUCUUUUACCUGCGGUUCUGGCCUGUGGAGGGGGAGGAGGAAGCUCUGCAUGGACCUUUUACCUCGCAUGUGACGAUAAAAGGUGCUGGAAAGCAGGAAUACAUCUUCUCAGCCCAGCCAGUGUACAGUAACAGGGCCUAUACGAGGAGGCGGGAGAAGAAACGACUGUCAGCAUCUUCAUCGGAGUCCAAACAACGAUUAUCAUCGACUAGCGCUAUCUGGGUUACGGACUCUAUCUACGCUACAAUGCACGGCAGCCCAGCCAGAGUGUCACUGCUACGGGACAGUAUGCAGCGACCAAUGAAUCCGGAUGGCAGUGUGUAUGAGGUGCUGGAGGACUUUAAUGCGGGAGACGCUCAUACCAAACGGGCACCCCAUGGUAUCGGUAGUCCCUCAAUGAGCGAGCGUUCCAUGCCAAAUUUACAUUACUGGAUGUGCUACACCUCGGCCAACAACCUCGUCUCGCCGGUUCAUCCAAAAUACACAGAAACCGGCUACUCCGGGCUGGAGAACAUCUCUGGCGCAGAAGAUUCGUCGCAGCGCAGGAGAACCCAGUCCUGGAACACGAAGGGCGGCAGCGACUCGAAAAAGCAAAAGCCCCUCGCCUGCUAA